UUUGUACAUGGAUUGGUGAAUGGAAGGAAUAUGAAAACACCAUGCAUUAGAGUGUUGCUGGUCUUCUGAAGUGAUCAACCAUAUUCCCUUAAAGUGGUCUUCUGAGUUAUAACACAGGUGUGUGAUGUAAAAGCAGUGGGCAGUCCUUGGGCCCUCCCCCACACUAUUGUAACGUCAUGUGCCAGUAUGAAUAUUAACGCAGAAACACAUACUUCAGUACUCAGCAACCAAAGGAGAAGCUAAACACUGAGAACAAAUGACUGGACUGCUUGCAAAACUUUGGGCAGCUAACUUCUUCUCCUUCCCUGCUAUUGUGAAACAGCUGGAAGAGCAGAUCUGAAGCAGCAUUUUUUGUGGAUAUUUUUUCUUUAAUUAUUCCCCUUUGUUUUGGGUUUCAGACUCUCAAACUGCACUGACCGUAAGCACUGGACAGCAAUAUGUGUCAUGUCAUUGUAACUUGUCGCUCAAUGCUGUGGACGCUCCUGAGUAUUGUCGUGGCUUUUGCAGAGCUCAUAGCUUUCAUGAGUGCAGAUUGGCUAAUUGGCAAAGCCAAACCUGUGAGCUCCGAAGAUAUAGACAACAGGACAGGAGGCUCACAGGAGCCUUACCAUCCAACUUUGGGCAUCUAUGGGCGUUGCACCAGAAUCUCUCACAUGCAGGUUUCCAGACGAGACACACUUUGUGGGCCCUAUGCAGAGAACUUUAACGAGAUUGCCAGUGGGUUCUGGCAGGCUACUGCUAUUUUUCUAGCUGUGGGGAUCAUGAUUCUCUGUGCUGUGGCAUUUGUGUCUGUCUUUACUAUGUGUGUGCAGAGUGUAAUGAAGAAAAGUAUUUUUAAUGUCUGUGGGCUGCUACAAGGGAUUGCAGGCCUUUUCCUUAUCUUAGGCUUGAUGCUGUACCCUGCAGGCUGGGGCUGCCAGAAGGCAAUAAGCUAUUGUGGACAUUAUGCUUCUGCUUAUAAACUAGGAGACUGCUCAUUGGGCUGGGCCUUCUACACAGCUAUCGGUGGCACUGGUCUGACAUUCAUCUGUGCCGUCUUCUCAGCGCAAGCAGAAAUUGCAACAUCUAGUGACAAAGUGCAAGAAGAAAUCGAAGAGGGGAAAAACCUUAUCUGCCUCCUUUGAAUACAAUGGAAAAAAGAGCAAUCAGUAUCUAUUUUGCUUUUAAAUGAUUUGAUAAAAGGAUCCAUAUCCUGUGAUUUAGCCUUAUGCAGUCUAGCCUUGAACUACUGAAGCAACGUUCUAUCGCUUGCUGGGCGAUGAGGACCAGAGAAAGGAGGCUCUCAAGCAAAGAGUGUGUACAUAUGUGGGAAUUUUUGGUGUGACUACAUUGUCAGGACUCAGCAGAAUAUACAACUUGAGAGCGAGGUGGGGGAGUGUAUGUAGUGAACAAAUGUAAGAUGCCUGACAAUUUCUGAUUUGAUCAGAUUGCAUUCUCCACCUUGGUCACGUUGAAGGAUCUGCAUUAAAAUAAUAAAAGCCAGCACAUUUCUACUAUGUACAGGACUAGCCUAUUUAAUUAGGUUUUGUUUUCAAGGGCUUUAAUCACUUGUGAACAUGUGCCAUCUGGUUUGGUACUAUAGUUAAUAUUGUGGUGCUUGUUGGAUGAGUUUUAAAAUUACUUAAAGCACAACUUGGUUGUUUUUUUGUUUUUGAUAAUUAAAUGCAUGACAAAGAACAGGGUUGACAUUAAGACCUUUCUAAAAGUGGUAUAAACUGUAAAGAAAGUGAGGCAGGGGCUCAUAUUAUUUAGUUUGUUCUGGCAUGAAAUAUCAGUAACAAGUGGUAGAUACAUUAUAUUUUAGCAGCUGGAUUUGAAGUUAAAUUAUUUUUGUUUCAUAGCAGAGCCAGGGGAACUGUUGUUAUGCUGGAGUUUACCUAUAUAUAAUAAAAAUGGUAGAAGUAAUGCUUUAGUAUCUAAAUGUGUGAAACACUGAACCUUGGAUACAAAAAUGGUGUCUUUACUAGAAAUCCCAGGAAGCCUCAAUAUUUAGGAAAAACACUAUAUUCUCUCUGCAGCAAAAUUGACAGUGUUAUUUUGUGAAUGCCAACAAGUGCCUCACUCUUCAGUAAAAAUAUGAACUGUAUGUUGGGUUUACAGUUACAGUAUUUCUCUGGUUGCCAAAAGAAACCUCAUUCUCAGUCCACAGUCCAGUGUCUUGUGUCUGAGAGCCAGUUUGGUCUGUAAUAGAUGUUCACCCUACAGGAGGCAAUGCCAAAUUCUAAAUGUUUGUGGGAAAACCUUUUCCCACUCUUUUUAACCACAUUUGGUAUGGAUCCAUUUCCAGCACAUCAGCAGAAGUAGAAAUAUGACUUGCCACGAGUGACAUUCCUUUCCAAAACGCGUUCAGUUCAGUCAUAUUACUUGGGUUGUUUCUCCAGUUACUGGAAUUAUCCUUGAGAGCAGAUAAAAGGAUAUUAGAAGAAAGAAUACUGUACUGCCUUGGGGAUGCAUGAGCACAAUUGAGGGUUUAAUAGAUAACUAUUCACUUGACAUUUGAUUGGAAAUUUUAAUUUUAAAACUGUUCAUUUCAUGGUGGUGGUGAAAUACUAGCAGGCACUGAAGGCUGAGCCUAUUGUUAAAAAGCUGCACUGAACCACCAGCUGUGUCUGCAACUUUAUCCAUUUGUUAAAAAUCAAAUAACUUCUGCAGACAGAGAAUAUGAUAACCCUCUGGAUUGCAUGAGUGAUUUAUUGUAGAGAACAGCAAAAUAAUAUUGGAAUGUGUGAAGGUUUUGUGUUCUUAUUUUUGCUGCAUCUCUCCUGACCUAGAGCUGAGGGAAAUGCAGCUUGCAUUAACUAUGUUCAGUCUUACUAAUGUUAGACCAUUAAAUGUAAAAGGUUUCUUUGGAGCACAUGUGGUCCUUACGCUUUUUGAAUUCGUUAUCUGCUCCUGUGAAGUCUCCUUCCCAGGACCACUUCUUCAGAAAUUACCGAUCUGUGUGAGAGAGUCUAGUGAGGGUCCAGGCUUCAACUCUAAAGUUUUAAAAAGACAAUGUCUCUCUAAUCAGUUAAAUCAAUUAAUUUUCGUUUUAAAGUGGAAUAAUUUUGUUCUGGUCUGUUCCUGAUAAACCAGACCUGUUACUUUGGACCCAUUAAAUUGAUUGAUUCUGGAGCACUAUUAUAACCUAUGUGCUGAAGUAGCAGCCCCGGCCCCGGCCCCUGGAGUGCCAUUUCUGAAGUGUCAGAGUCCCUGUUUCUCUGUAAAUACAAAUCCAAGCCCCCUACACAACCGUGCUGCUGACACCUCUGUUCUCCUGUGUACAUUCCCAAUGUCAAGGCAGAAUCAUGUGGAGGGUGUUAUGCUAGCCACAGGGCAAAACUGCCCCCUUGGUAAUUUUUAUAAUUUUCUUUUUCACCAUUGCAUUGUGAGAACCCAGCCCUUCCUCUUGUUAACCCAGAAUUCACACUUGAGAACCCCAUGUUUCCCCCCUCCCAAUCCCAUUGCACUCUUAUACAAAACGGGUAACUCAGUUUUCUUUUAAAUAUUUAACAUAAAAUAAAGCUAUGGGCUGGAACCAUUUAUGUCAAGUGUCUGCACAGAACAAGUUUUCUUUUUAAACAAAUUGUAACCACUUGCAAAAAUUGGCGAGUUAGGGCAAAACUGCAGCUACAGCAUCAUAAUGUGUCUUAUUUGAAACUGUACACCUUUGAAAUGUUUCCUUGUACUUACAAAGUAUACCUUACAAAGCGCACACUCCAAAUUUUCAACCAUAUUAUUUGUAUGUGGCUGAAUCCUAUUAAAAAAAACCUGUAAGAACCCGCCCCCCUCCACUGAAUACAGAUGCAAAGUUAUUGCUUGUUCUACAGCUGCUACUACUUUAGAGGGCCCCUUCCCCCCGGCACUGGAACAAUGCAAUACAAGCUGGGGCACUAGAACAAUUGUGAUAUAGAACUUUAACUAGAAGGGGGGGGGCCUUAAGGGCUGUGAACAACACAUGGAAUUGAGGUGAAGAUAUAUAUUUUCUAAUGUUGUAAUUGGUUUUUCUUUAGGAAGAUAGUGUGCCAAUUAAAAAAAAAAUCACUGCCACCAAAUCAUGACAUGCUCUUAAUAUAGUGUCACAAAUAUGUUAAAAAUCCAAGUACUAUAUUAAUCAAUGACAGAUUACUGUUUUCAAAGGUGUAGUGCAGUGCUUAACUGAACUGAUUUGGACCAUGCAUGCUCCAGGUAUUGUGUGACUUUAAAAAAAAACAGAACAAUGUAUUAUUAGGACAUAACUAUGUUAGGUCUUAACAGUGCUGAAAAGAUUAAUGGUGGGUUUUAUAGUACUGUGGAUAAGAGAUAUUUGUUUUGCAUGUGUUUUUCUGAAUUUGUAAGGGAAGUGGACCAGCUUCUAUUAUUGUACUAAUACAACAUCAAACUGAUCUAAUCAACUCAAGAGUUCAUACUCAGUGACUGGCAUAGAUGGAAGACAUGGUAGGAAGAAACAAACCAAGACUCUUUGCUUGCUCAGGGUUCUGUUUUUCUAACAAGCGAUCAGAUGGCUUUAUUCUUACAUAUAGAUUUUCUUAAUGAGUUUUAAAAUGUGACCCACUCAUUAAGUUCGAUGGCUACUGUUCCUGAAUUUCAGUUCCAUCAGAACAGCGGCCUUCUCGAGACAUUCUGUGAAAAUCACGUGUCUUUUGUCAGCUUCUGGCAUGUUUAAUUAGUUUCAUGAUGGGCCAUAUAGCAUAACUGCUUCUUAAUGUACAUGUAGUGCUUAGAUGCAAGGAAUGUUUCAUGUUGCAUUUAAAAAAAAACAAAACAAAUCUAGCUCACUCAAAAUUGUAACAUACUAACUUUGUAAAUUUUUUUAAAGAUAGAAAUGUUCUUUAAACAGCUGUGGUUUGAUCACCUUUGUAAACAUAUAUUCUGUAAAGUGCCAUAGUUCUUUUCGGAGUAUAGCAUAUUUAAAUAUAUAUAUACACAAAUGUGUGAGAGAUGUGCAAUAACAAGUUUUUUUUAAAAAAAUAUGAUGUGCUUUAAAAAGGGGCUGCCGAGUGAAGCAUGGCUGGAAUUUUGGUUUUGGACAAAUUUAUUGCUACUUUCGAGUAAUGCUAUCGAAUCUGUAGAGGAAAUAGGAGAACACUGAUUGUAGUUUAAAGAUUUAUCUAAAAUCUCUUUUCUCGAUUUAUUUGAGAUACUCAACUCUGGGUAAUUCAGGCCCGAUUUAUUUAUAGCCUUAAUUCCAACAGUGAAGCUGCACACCUGCACCAUAAUCUAACAAACAACUAGGAGUUGAAAAGCUCAGCAGUGCUUGAUAAUGUCUCUCAAUGUGCUCUACAGACCAGUAGGCACUGCAUCAACAUUGCUAUUAGCUACAGUCUGGUCCUAGUACCAUCUUUUUGCCUAACAAACACUUAA